AUGACUUCAGCAUAUUUUCUUUUAGAAGCUGGGUCUACUACUGCCCACGAUACUGUCUUUGGCUUUUUUGUUCCCUUGGGUUUUGAAGGAGCUAAAAGUUCAAAGUCAAAUUCAUCUGGAGAAAUAACCUUAUCUAGGGGAACAUUUGCUGCUGCCUCUUCAGUUACAAAUGGGAGGGUUGAAAGCACUGUGAAUGUAACUUCAGCACUUACCAAUGGAGGAACCGCUGUGGUGGUGGUUGUAGUGAUUGGCAUUAAAGUAGUUUAUCUUUUAGCUCCUUACCGUCGUGGGGGAAAAAUUGGAUUAUUCAGGGGAGCUGGAGUGGGUAAAACAAUGUUAAUUAUGGAAUUAAUCAACAACAUUGCUAAGGCUCAUGGAGGUGUUUCGAUAUUUGGUGGAGUAGGAGAACGUACUCGUGAAGGGAAUGAUCUUUACAAGGAAAUGAAAGAAUCAAGAGUCAUUAAUGAACAAAAUAUAUUAGAAUCAAAAGUAGCUUUGGUCUAUGGUCAGAUGAAUGAACCACCAGGAGCUCGUAUGAGAGUAGGUUUAACUGCUUUAACUAUGGUUGAAUAUUUCCAAGAUGCCUUGCUUCUAUUGGACCUGGCAUUGGUCAAGGCACUGUUGCGGGACAAGCUAUUGCAUUCCCAAUGUAAGAUGUAA